AUGAAUCCGCAUCAACGCGCAUCGGCGAUGAUCCGCAUCACCAUAGUCAUCGCCGGCAUGAUGAUUUCCGUCGGUGGUCCUCAGGUUGUUGCCGCUCAGCAAGACUUCGACGCAUCCAGCUACGCUCGGAACGUCUCUCUGGAUCCCAACGUGGAUGUUUUCUGGACCGUGGACGCCAACCUCGGGACAAUCAAGGCGAUCGUUCACGCCAAGGCGGCCACGGGCUGGGCGGGCCUCGGGGUUUCCGAGAUGGGCGGCAUGGAGGGGGGGGACAUCGUUUAUUACGAGACCGGGGUGAGAGGUAGACAGACGCAGUUCACGGGAAGCGGGGAAGCAGGACUCUGUACGGAGAAGAUCGUCCUCACGGAUAUCCAAUCUCACCGCUCCGUGGCUUUUCCCCCACGGAUAAGCCGCACCGCUCCGUUCCGUGACAUUCAAGAAAUCAACAAUACCAGGGUACACCUUGGUACUGGUCCUUUAGGCGGAUACAGGCGGGGCCGUAUUUCAAUGUGGCGGUACUCUUUUCGGCGGAUCCCGGUACUUCGUUUUCCAGCGGUACCGCCUUUGGCGAGUCCCGGUCCUGCCAAUAACGGCGGUAUUUUUCUGGCGGUGCUGAAAUAUGACGGUACCGCCUUCGGCGGUUCCCGGUUCUGCUAA